AUGCCCCCCAAGUCCCUUCGCAACCUCUCCCAGACGGCCGGCGAGAAUCAGAGCGGUUUCUUCCCCGGGCUCUCGGACAGGGAUUUUCUGCCCGCCCCCGAGGAGGGGACCACCGCUGACUUCGUGGUCCGCUGUGUGAUCCCGUCCCUCUAUCUGUUCAUCAUCGCGGUGGGCUUGCUGGGCAACAUCAUGCUGGUGAGGAUCUUCGUCACCAACAGCGCCAUGCGGAGCGCCCCCAACAUCUUCAUCUCCAACCUGGCUGCCGGGGACGUGCUGCUGCUGCUCACCUGCGUCCCGGUGGACGCCUCGCGCUACUUCUUUGACGAGUGGAUGUUCGGGGAAGUGGGCUGCAAGCUGAUCCCCGUCAUCCAGCUCACCUCCGUCGGCGUGUCCGUGUUCACUCUCACUGCACUCAGCGCCGACAGGUACAGAGCCAUUGUAAACCCCAUGGACGUCCAGACAUCAGGGGCGCUGCUGUGGACCUGCACGAAGGCUGUGGGUAUCUGGGUGAUCUCCGUGCUGUUGGCUGUUCCCGAAGCGGUGUUCUCGGAGGUGGUGCAAAUUCAUAGCUUGGAUAAUGGCAGCUUUACAGCGUGCAUACCCUACCCUCAGACUGAUGAAUUACAUCCAAAGAUUCAUUCAGUGCUCAUCUUUUUUGUUUAUUUCCUCAUACCCCUUGCAAUCAUUAGCAUUUAUUAUUAUCAUAUUGCAAAGACCUUAAUUAAAAGUGCACACAAUCUUCCUGGAGAAUACAAUGAACAUACCAAAAAACAGAUGGAAACUCGGAAACGCCUGGCAAAAAUUGUGCUUGUCUUCGUGGGCUGCUUUGUCUUCUGUUGGUUUCCAAAUCACAUCCUCUACAUGUAUAGGUCUUUCAACUAUAACAAGAUUGACCCAUCUUUAGGCCACAUGAUUGUUACCUUAGUUGCUCGGAUUCUGAGCUUUUGCAAUUCUUGUGUCAAUCCAUUUGCUCUUUAUCUACUCAGUGAAAGCUUCAGGAGGCAUUUCAAUAGCCAGCUCUGUUGUAGAAGGAAGUCCUAUCCAGAGAGAUCAACCAGCUACUUAGUCAGCUCUUCUGCAGUGCGGAUGACAUCUCUGAAAAGCAAUGCUAAGAACGUGGUGACCAAUUCUGUUUUGCAAAACGGGCACAUCAUGAAGCAGGAAAUGGCACUGUAA